UAGUUAGCUACCUGGGUACGUGUAUCAGUUUUGUCUGUGCCAUCGCUGGGAAUAUGCCUGCCCUGAAAUGAAACACCCUUUAAUAAUGUUCGACGUAACAAACACGAUUUAGCUGAACGGUAUAGGUUUCUUAUACUUUGUCAAAUGUUCAUGUUUCCCAGGUAAGUGAGCUCCAUUUUAUUUGGCAUCGGGACUGUAGCUACUAGCUAGCUAGUCAGCCAAAGUCAAUGCAAAGUUGAGGUAAUGUAGUGCUGCAGACUAGGCCCAGGAUGCAUGUAGUUGCACAAGUUCUGUAGUCCCACCCUUCCUUUCUCAACAAUACCAAAUCUUAAAAUCGAGUUGCAUUUUGCAUAAUAAUUACCUGCUAGAAUGAAAUUCAUACUUUUUUUCCCUCUCUCUUUGAAAUUGACCUCGGGUUUUCCUUUCAAUAUGAAUGACUGUCUAUGAUUGUCAAGUUUGUUGUAGGCCUAUCUAUGCAUUCAACCCCGGUCUGUUUUUAAUUUGCACUGAUUUAUUGACUGAAUAGUGAUCGGGAGACGCAUAGGGCGGUGCACAAUUGGCCCAGCGUCGUCUGUGUGAGGGGAGGGUUUGUCCGGGGUAGGCCGUCAUUUUAAAAUAAGAAUUUGUUCUUGUCUAGUUAAAGGUUAACUAAAUAGUCACGUUCACACCAAUGCCCAGGGCUAAAAGAGUUUUUAUCCCAGGGCAAAACUGAAACCACACGGAUUACGUUAAUUUGCGUGCGAGUAGAGCGUCAAUUAACAUGCACUAAGUAGUUUAUGCCAAUGUAAUUGUCAUGAAAAGCCAUAAUAAGCAGUUCUAUUUAUGUUUGCUAUGUAGCCCUUGUGAAUUAUUGUGUUCAUUUUGACUCACAUUAUGUCCCACGGGAGCCACCGUACCUGCCUCCUGUUAUGUUGGAUCACGAACAGGAGCGUUGUAACGUUAGUUAAUACACCCUAGCAGUUUUUAAAGAAUGUAGCUAGUCUGGUUAUUUAUACAUAACUGUAUUCUCUCUUGAACGGAGUUCGAGUUUCCCAGUCGUAGCCUGCCUAGGCUAUAUGUCUGUGCUUGGCAUCAACAAAGCCAGAAAACUGUUGGAAAGAGCCAGACAGGCUUGUUUGGGUGGAUUCCGUGGGCCCAAACAAACAGGCGGAACCAAACCUAUUGUCACAGAGAUGUGGGAUACAGAGGAAGGUCCAAAUGAGGAGGACGAGAGACCCUCUCCUUCUCCAGGGCCUUCACAGGGGACUCGGGAGAGCUCCACCAUGGGGAGUAACAGCCUCUCUCAAGCCCAGUUCAUCUCAGCAGCAAUGAGAGAGAAAGAUGAGGAAGACCCAAGGGAUCUGCAGCAGCGGCCGUCGCAGAGUGCUCGGUCUGCUACUGAAUCUGAGUCGGAGGAUAGGUGUGAGCAGCCUGAUCUGCCACUAAGCCAUAGCAGCCCAGGUGAGGUGGGGCCUGGGAGCCUUCAGACUGCCUCAUCCCUACCAAGGCCUGAACCAGAGGCUGACCCAUACCUCGACCCUGACCUUGAAGGUGACCCCCACGGAGAGGAGUCCCAUCCCUGCCAGCACUGCGAGCGCCAUUUCUCCACCAAACAGGGCUUGGAGCGCCACACCCACAUCCAUGCCACUGCAAACCAGCAAACGCAUACGUUCAAAUGCCGUUACUGUGGCAAGUCCUUUGGCUCGCAGGUGGGACGUCGGCGGCACGAGCGGAGGCAUGAGAACGGGCCAAAGAACAAAGGCCAAAGGCCUGGCUCACUGGCUGGGACUGCUACUUUACUCAGUCCUCUGGGGCAGGCUGACUGUUCCAGCCCAGACUGUGCCACUGUCUCUGGCCACUACGUUGUCAUGGGGUCCCCGCUCCCUGGAGGACUUAUGCAGAGCCCUCAGGUUGUGAGGAAGGACCCUGCGGCUGAGAGUGACCAGCCCUUUAUCGUGGAUGAGAAUGGAGAGACAAAAGAGCUUCAUCCUUGCAAGUACUGUAAUAAGGCUUUCGGCACUCACACUAACAUGCGCAGACACCAACGCAGAAUCCACGAGCGCCACUUACUGCCCAAGGGUGUGCGCAGGAAAGGCAUGCUGCUGCAGGAGAGCCCGCAACAGCAGCAGCAGCGUCUGCCUGAGCAGUCCCCCAGUGCCAGCCCACCCCCUGUCUAUGUGCCCAGUGCAGACACUGAGGAUGAGGGGGACCGAGAGGAGUACAUGGUCGACAUAUCCAAUAAUAUCUCGGAGAAUCUCAGCCUGUACAUCGACGGCAAGAUCCUGUCCACUAGUUCAGUCAGCGGCUGUGAAGUGAUUGAAGUGGACUCCAGUUCUGCAGCACUGUUUGGUCUCGACGCAGUGGUCAUCAGUCCCAAUCAGAUCAGUCAGGCUUUCAAAGUGGACACCAGGACCUGUGCUGUGAAGCAGGUCUCCAACCUCGGCCAGCCCACGACGAAAAGGAGAACGUCGACACCUCCGCUCAUGCCCAGUCUUAAAAUGGAGUCUGAAAAUGGGUCCUCCUCUGCCUCUUCCUCCUCCACGUCUUCCUCAUCUACCUUGUUGGUGGAAAGUCUCUUCCCUCAGUCCUCAGACUCAUUAACAUUUCAAAAGGAGAAAACUAUCUAUCUGUCUCCUAAGCUCAAACAGCUCCUCCAGACUCAGACAGACGGUCAGAAACCCACCAUCGCCCUGAUAGCAGACAGCCACAGAUUAGCUCCCCCUCUCUCCGUUACGUCUCUGCCUGCAGCCUCAGGCAGGUUUAAGAGAAGAACGGCUUCCCCUCCCUCGUCUCCACAGCUCAGCCCUGCGCUGAAAGCAGAUGGCUGUAAGAGCGAGGCAGGGGUCUCGUCGUACACCCUCAAGGUGCCAAAGCUGGAGAGCCUGGGCAUUUCCUCUGCCUGGAGUCUGUCCAGCAAAGAGGAGAGGAACACCAUGAGUCCCAGCGGGAAGGACGGGUGCAGCUGGUCUGCCUCUCGGACCGGAGGGAACUCGUGUAAUCAGCAGCCCUUGGACCUUUCCAGUGGCAUCAGUAAAUGGAGUGACGGCUUCAACAAGACGCCCAGGGAGGAAGUGCUGGAUUUAAGCAUGAGUCGGAAGAGUACAGCGGAGCCAGAGUCCAAGGGAAGUCUAGCUCCGACACAGCCCCACACCAAGAAGAAGAAGCCCAAUACCAGUAUGCUAGAGAAGGUGUUGAUGAAUGAGUACGCUGGCUUAAACCCAGCAGGAGAGGAGGGCUCUUGUGCCCUGGGAAGCCCAGAUUCUCAGUAUACUGCAAGCAGUGGUACAGGCACAGCUUCUCACAGUCCCUCUUCCAAUAUGCCCUUUGAAUCAGCCGAUCCCUCUCCCCCCUCUCUAACCCCUGUCACUAUGAAUCCCUCCUCCCCCUGCGUCUCCAGCAUGACCUCUCCAACUCCACCUCCCCCUGUCCUACCCUCUAUGCCCUCAUCAGACUGCCCCACUUCCAGCUCUCUCCAUGUCCUCUCCCCUAAAAUGUCCCCCAGAUCCAUUGACCAUUGUGAGGAUGAGCCAGUUUGUGUAUCUAACUCUACUACAGCAGAGACAAUAUUAGCUGCGGUAAGUAACAGUUAUGGAGAUGUCACUAAGCCAGUAGACCACACCCACAAUACAGAUCCCGUUAUCGGGAAAGCUUUAUCAAACCCCUCUACAGAGUCCCCCUCAGUAUCUGAUGCUGUCCCUGUGAGUCUGUCCUCAGCACAAUCUAAACCUGCUAGGAGUGGGAACCACAUUUUCUUAGAUAUCCAAAUUAACCCAGACCUGGAACCGAUUAUUACUGAGGGACAGGGGAAAUCCCAAUGCUCUGAACUCCCUGUUUUAUCACCCGUAACAGAAUCCCCCCUCACUGCCUCAUCGACCUCUCCUGUUGGAAUAUCAGAUGUCCCAGCUCCGUCAGUGGUCUCCCCAGCAUCACUCUCUAGCACUAUGAUUAAAGAGGAGGUCCAGCACAUGGAUCAGCUGGCUGAUUUAGGCCUUCCUCCUGGUGCCACAGGGUCUUCACCUCCAUCUGCCACUGCUGCUGAAAAGCCCUCUGAGGAGGAGGAGGUGGUGGAGGAGGAGGGAUUGGAGCCAGACCCCUUCAGUAAGAGCUUUGUGUGUAACGUGUGUGAGGAUCCCUUCCGCUCCAUCAAAGAGCUCAGUCGGCACAUCGUGGAGCACGCGGCUGAGUGGCCCUACAGGUGUGAGUUCUGUGUGCAGCUGUUUGGGAAUGCCCCGGCCCUGCUGGAGCACCGUACAGCCCUCCAUGGUGUGGGACGCAUCUUUGUCUGCUCCUUCUGCUCCAAGGAGUUCGCCUUCCUCUGCAACCUCCAGCAGCACCACAAAGACCUGCAUCCCAGCCAGCCGUGCACACACGCAGCGGUGGAGAGUGGCAAGCUGAGGCCACAGAACUACACAGACCCAGCCAGGGCCAAAGAGGAGAGUAACCCCUCAACCACAGGGCCUGAGUCCUCUGCUGAAGCUGCCUCCUCCCAGGGGGUCUCUGAUGUGAAGAAAGAGCAGCCUGAUACUAACGGGAAGCAUGAGGAGGCUGGACCAGAGGACCCAACUGAAGAGCUCUAUACUACAAUAAAGAUCAUGGCUUCUGAAGGAGGCAAGCCUAAAGGCCCAGACGUACGCCUGGGCAUUAAUCAACACUACCCCAGUUUCAAGCCACCCCCCUUCCCCUACCACAACCGCACGGCUGCAGACUCAGUGGCCUCGGCCACCAACUUCACUACCCACAACAUUCCCCAGACGUUCAGCACUGCCAUCCGAUGCACCAAAUGCGGCAAGAGUUUCGACAACAUGCCCGAGCUGCACAAGCACAUACUAGCCUGUGCCAACGCCAGUGAUAAGCGGCGGUACACUCCCAAGAAGAACCCCAUCCCUCUGAGACAGAUAGUGAAGCCCCAGAACGGCUCUCUGUCGCCUGCCUCUGCUGCCAACGCAGGGCACAACGCCUUCCGCAGAAUGGGCCAACCCAAGAGGCUGAACUUCAACCAAGAACCGCUUGGCAAAACCAAGAUGAGUUCCCUCAGUAAGAAGAAGAACCAGCUGGUUCAGAAGGCCAUCACUCAGAGGAAUAAGACUGCUGCUACUGCUAAGGCCCCUAGCCAGGUUAAAGAGGAGGAGCCGCAGGAGGUCCAUGUGUGCCCUCACUGCAGUCGGGAGUUCACUUACCCUGCCAGCCUCAGUAAACAUAUAGCAGUCAGCUGUCCCAUGAAGCCUGUCUCUAAAAAGGCCAGAAAGGGAGCAGCAGCAGAAGAGGCAACACCAGCUGUAGACAAAAACAUGAGCCUUCGAAGGAGAACCACAGACUCUGAGAUCCAGCAGCCAGAGACCGCUGAGCCGGUGCCCAAAACCCUGGGCAAAACACGCGCUCGCACUUCUGGACCCGGCUCUGCGGAGGCAGAGACCACACCGCGGCCAGGUAAAGGAAAGACGGCUGUCACACAGGUGCGUACGAAGAGGCCAGCCUCUUUCCCUGCUGCCACAGUUUCUCUCAACAUGAAAAGUAAAAAAGGCAAAGUUCAAUCAUUACCCCCCACCCCGUUGCCCUCCGAGACUCCCAGUAACUCUGCACCACUGCCAGCAACCCAGACAAAGCAACGCAUGGGCAAGGAAAUGCCGCCCAAGAAGGUAGCAGAGGUGAAAUUGCCCCUACAGAAGCCGUCUCAGGUGCCGCCUAAGAAAGAAGGGGAACGGUUCUCUCUGAGAGCGAGGGAGCGAGCUGGUGGGCCGGUGACCCGGAGCCUACAGAUGGCCAACAAUGUAGCUCCUGUGGAGGUGAAAACAGAGGACCUCUCCAGCCAGGGGCCUAAAGAGACCCAGGAGUCCUUGCUGAAAUGAGCCAGGUAAAGCCAUGUCGAUCUGAGGAGAAAGAAGUCCCUGGCUAGGAGGGUGUUGCUGUGCUGGCUCACCUCGGAGGAGAUCCUCUGGCCUUCCCAAGGUUCUGACGGACAGGAAGAUCUGGAGGUGGGCUGGCUCAGUUACAGGACAUCAUGGACUCUGCUCUCUACACAUCACAUGCUGUGUUGGCUGAACAGGAGGGAUGCCUUUCUCUCUAUCACUCACUGUGAAAUGAGCCUGAGACUUUUAAACACAAAAAAGAAACGAUUAACAGACUGUAAAUUAAUAUAUACAGUCUGUCAUAUAUUUUCAGUCAUAACUUGACCCAUAACAUUGACAUUGGGGUUCCGUUACGGUUAAAAGCUGAUAUAUUGCAAAUGGCAAUCAUUUAUAUCAGUUCACAAAACUGGUCUGGUGUUUCUUUCGCUGUGUUUUUGGUUUACUUGUUUGGUUGUUGAGAUGUUGGAGGAUUCAACAGUCUCUUUAAUGCAUGUGCUGAUUAUCCAGUAGAACUAGACAGAACCCUGUCCCUCGCCUGUGUCCCAUGUUAAGUCUUGCACCUACUUUAAUUAAUACAAAUAAUUUGCAAAUUAAUAUGUACAUUUGAUUUCAUGUAAUACUCCAUUGAGAAUACAUUGUAGAAUAUCUCUUAUGCAUUUAUUUUUUAAUUUGUGUUUAUUUGGGAAGCUAGGAUUAAACCGCUGUUUUCAACUGUAGAAGUGGGUUGUCUGAAAGGUUGGCUGAAAAGAGUGUGUGCAAGUGUGUUGUGUGGCAGGCAUGUGCUCUGUGCGUUGUCUGACAACAGUUGACCCCUUCAUCUCAAAGUUGAGACGUGUGUUGUCUCUGGUAUGUUGUCUUCAUGUUGCUUAUCAGAGCAGUACCAGCAGGGAAACCUGCCACAACUAGAACAAUGCCACUUAACACCGUUAGUUCCCAGAGAAGGGAUAGGGAAGAUGAGAUUUGCUCUUCACGUUGAAAAUGUGAGUGGCUAAGGAACACGGCCGCUUAUCCAGUUGAUUGACAUUGUGGAUUUCAGAGGCUCACAUGUUGGUGUGUUAUACAUAGUUAUAAGUAGCCCUCUCUUGUCUGAAAGCACUUCAAGAAGAAAAUCUGCCAAACUGUUUUGAUUAGAUCAGUAUGAAUCCUUAAAGGACCAAUGCAGUCAAACAUGAUUUUCUGUAUUUUCUAGAUAUUUCCUCGCUGGGGUAGGAAUACUACUGUGACAAUUAUGAUGCUCUUUUAAUGUAAGAGCUGUUUGAAAAUACUCACCCAGACCACUCCCAGUCCUAGCAAAAAUCUUGAGAAAUUGCUCUUUUCAAUUUUUAUUGAAAUGAAUCACAGUAAGGUACUUAAUUGUUACCCUGAAAUGAUUUGAUAUUGAGGUAAAAAAUGACUGCAUUUGGACCUUUCAGUUAUUUGGUUUUAAAUGUGAAGAAUGGGAUUUAGACAUUUCUAUUGCACAUGACAAACAGAGUUGCCUCAGAAAAUAAUUGAAAUGUAGUCAUUGGAAUAUUUCCCUGUAACAUUUUCCUGAUUAAAGACUCCCUAUAGAUUUG